AUGAAGCUCACCUCUUCCAUUCUCCUCUCCCUGUUGUCCCUGUCAGCCAGGGCAGAGCUCGGCUCAGGUCGACCAAGAAGCGUCAAACGGGCUGAGAUUGUGACCGAGGGUGUCCCGCCACCCCCUGGGACAUAUGUCCCGGUACCUACCUUCUUCGUGGGCAAAAACGCAACAAACUACAGCGCCGUCGCAGCUCCCGUUGAUCUCGAAACCCAAGUGGCAUACUCGCUCUACCUAGCGAAUGCCGGCAUGACCGGCCAGGUCAUCUUUGGGAGCACGGGAGAGGCCAUCCACGUCACGAGGCAGGAACGGAUCAACGUCAUCUCCAGCACAAGAGCGGCGCUCGACAAAGCGGGCUUCACUGACUACCCUCUGAUUGCGGGCGUCGUGACUCAGAUUUUUGAAGAGGUUAUCGAUGAGCUUCAGAAGUCGAAGGAUGCGGGUGCGCAAUGGGGUCUUUGCCUCGUGCCUGGUUACUUCGCCGUAGCUACCACGCAGGAAGGGAUUCUUGGGUGGUACACGGCGGUGGCUGAUGCCAGCCCUAUGCCUAUCAUGAUAUACGACUACCCAACAGUGGCAAACAACAUCAAAGUCACGCCAGCCACCUACGCCGAGUUGGCCAAGCACCCCAACAUCGUGGGAGCCAAGCUGGCGUUCCAGGACCUCUCCUGGCACGCACAAAUCUCCUCGAACCCGUCGAUAGACUACACAAAGUUCCACCCCUACACGGGGAUAGGGCAGCAGCUUCUGCCCGCCGUGACGGUGGGCGCCUUCGGCGCCAUGGACGUCGUUGGCAGCUUCUUCCCCAAGUCCAUAGUGCAGCUGUACAAGCUGAGCAGUCUGGCGCAGCCGACGGCUGAGCAGAAGCAGGAUGCGCAGGCCCUGCAGUACAAGGUCGCGGCCAUGGGCGAGUUCUUGAAUACGUACAAUAUUAUUGGAAUCAAGGAGGCGGUCAGCCGGCUGAGGGGGUUUGGGAGUCCUGACGCAGUACGGCUGCCGCUGCUGGGGUCGAUUACUGAGGACGAGUGGGCGAGCUGGCAGGGCGUUGUGGAUGUUUUGCAGGAGGUGGAGGAUAGUCUCUAG